UUCAGAAGUUCAGAAGUACUGGCUGCAGCGGCGCUUUGAGGAGAGAGAUUGCGGGAAAAAAACAGCAGGCAUGGCGCGGCGCGGGAAAAGAAAACCCAGGUCUUCGCCACAGACAGAAACACCAAACGGGGAGGUGAAAAAGCCAAAAGAAGGGCAAAGGGAUGAAAAGACUGUUGUUGCAGGAGAAAUGAGAGAAGAAGUGGAAAGAUUGUACAAGCUAAGCAUGCCUGACGAUUUUUUCCAGUUUUGGGAAUUUUGCAAGAGUCUUCGUGCUGACUGUCCACAAGAUGCCCUAAAGGAAACACUUGGGCUUCAGCUAGUUGGGCCUUUUGAUAUCCUGUCCAAAAAAUACAAAUGCUCAACUUCCUCUCAACCCAACUUUCAUCUUCAUUGGCGCCAUUUUUAUGAUCCCCCAGAGUUUCAGACAAUCAUAUUGGGCAACGUAGACACCCAACACCACAUGGGCUACUUCAGAGAUAUACCUGAUGCUUUACCUGUGUUUAUUGGGGAGAACGAAGCCAAGAAAUGCUGUACCAUCACACAGAUGGGGGACAACAUCUUUGCAGCAGUUCUGCUGUUUUUGAAGAAGAAAAGAAAGGAGAGGGGACAACAGAAGAACGAAGCUGCUUUGGACAGGUUGGAAGAAGAUUUGAAGCGAGAGGCAGAGAGGUUGGAUUUGCCCCUGGAGCAGAAAACUAAAGCAAUGAAACAAAGAGAGAGAAAGGUAGUCACAAAGACUUUUCAUGGAGCAGGAAUUGUGGUUCCAGUGGAUAAAAAUGAUGUUGGAUAUAGAGAAUUGCCAGAAACUGAUGCAAGUCUGAAGAAGAUUUGCAAAGUGAUUGCGGAGGCCAAGGAUGAUGAGGAGAGGAUGAAAGCUUUCGCGCCCAUUCAGGAAAUGAUCACCUUUGUUCAAUUUGCCAAUGAUGAAUGUGAUUACGGCAUGGGCUAUGAGCUUGGGAUAGAUCUGUUCUGUCAUGGCUCACAUUAUUUCAAUAAAGUGGUACGUCAGCUGCUGCCAUUGGCAUACAAUCUGCUGAAGAGAGGUCUGUUUGGAGAGAUACUGGAAGCGCACCUCGCCAGUCGUUCCCAAGACAACCUUGACCAGCUCUCUGCUGUCUGACGUAUAUUGAGUGGAUAAGCUAUUCAGAAUGGCUUCCUGUAUAUGGUGUUCGGGGUGGGGUCAGAGACAUUACACUGCACUAAAUUACGCUGUUAGGUAGUGCUGCUUCAUUGAAUAUGCUACAAAGCCCAAGAAAGGUUAGUUUCUUAAACCUGAAUUACUCAUACUUUUAUAAAAGAUGUAUCGGAUCAUUAAAUAUAAGCAUUUCGCUUUGCAUACAUUUAAUUGGUUUAACUUAAUUAAAAGGAAUUGGCACAUAUGUAUGUUUGUUUGUUUGUUUGUUUGUUUUUUAAAGGUAACUCUGUCUUCCCUUAAGCUUUUUUGGCUGUGCUUAAGGUUAGUCCUAUUAAAAGUGAAAUCAAAUUGAGUUUUCUUCUUCAGGUUCUACAUCCUGAGAAUCAACAUUUUGUGAGUAAUACUGUGCCUUUCCAAACCUGAUUCUCUUUCAUUCACUGUCGG